CAAAUUGCUGUGCUUGCCCCACUCGACGUUGGCUCAACGCUCUUGCAACGCUCACUACUUGUAAGUUGCGGAUACCUCAAUUAUAGGGAGGUAUUAGCUUAUUUUCCUUGAUUUCCUGCCCCGCUGACCAGGCCGUGGACCCAUCAGCUUUUUACCUUGUACCGUUGCGGAAAUGAUUCUGAACAGACGCUAUCGGUACCCACACUCAACUUGCCGAAGGUCGAAGCGUUGUUCAGCUGCCUCCUCGGUUUCGCUCGCAUUCCCAUCGGCCGCGCAAAAAAACCUCAUUAGUUCUUUUGUUACUAUACAAAACUAGCUAACUGAGCUCAACCACCUUCGAGAGCUCGCUUGGGGUUGAGUGAUACACGUGAAACGGCUCAGGGAUGUCACAACCGAAACAAAAUAAGCCCUCAAAGUGGGGCUUGGUGGGGCUAUAAAUUCAAAUCUCACACCGAACACGGAUCUUCAGGUGCCCGUCUCCCUCUUGAUCCAGGUUGUCCUUGUCUUAUGGUCGCUGGAAGAGUCCAGUCUAUUUCUCAAGACGAAUCUCUUCCUCUUCUCCAUGAUCAUCGACGUGAUGUUGAGCACACGACCCGUCCGUUGACGACGUCGUCGGCGACACCCCUCCCAAAAGCCCAACUUACUACUCUCUGCAUUAUCCGACUCGUCGAUCCUAUCGCUUACUGCCAGAUUUUCCCUUAUAUCAACGAGUUUAUCAGCUACCUCAAUAUCGCAGAUGAGCCUUCGCAAAUCGGUUUCUACAGUGGGCUAGUGGAAUCUAGCUUUGCUAUUGCCCAGCUAUGCUCUAUUUACCAAUGGACAAAGCUUUCAAAUACCGUUGGACGCCGUCCAGUUAUCAUGUUUGGUACUCUGGGUGUCGCAAUUGCGACCGUUUAUUUUGGAAUUUCGCGUUCUUUGACGGAAAUCAUCCUCUCUCGAUGUUUAGCUGGAAUUUUUGCAGGGACCAUUGCCGUUAUUCACUCCGUGUUGGCGGAAAUUACUGAUUCUACGAACCAAAGUUUGGCUUUCCCGAUAUAUGGGCUGUUCUGGCCCUUGGGUUCGAUUCUGGGCCCUUUGAUGGGUGGGUCUCUCUCGAAUCCAGCCGCCAAAUACCCUCAGUACUUCGCAAACACAAUCUUCAGCAUACAUCCUUACCUACUGCCAUGUAUAGUCGCUGGGUCGCUGUCAUUUGGUGCGGUGAUACUCUGUUGGUUUUGCUUGAAAGAGACAUUGCCACCCAAGCGACCGCCCUCUAUACACAAAGUCGACGUAAUGUAUGACGAAGGGAAUGAACAAGUCGAUGAUUAUCGAGAGUCAAUGGGUGCCAAAGACUUAUUGUCCAUUUCUAGGAUCCGUGCUUUGAGCCUUAGUAGCUUUGCUCUCAGUUUCAACGGAACGGCGUUUGAUGUGUUGUUUGUUCUCUUCUGCUAUUCACCCAUUAAGGGCGGCGGCCUAGGAUUUUCGGCAUCCCAGAUUGGUUUCAGCCUUGCGACGGCCGGCACAUCUUCGGCUCUCAUCCAGCUGUUUUUCAUGCCCUCGGUCCUACGGCGAUACAAACUCGUUGAUAUUUACAAUGUUUGUAUCGCCUUUUGGCCCAUCGUUUUCGCUAUCCUCCCAGUUCUCAACCUGAUCGCUCGUUCCGGAUCUAACCAUGGUGAACUAGAUGCCCAGUCGACUUCUUUAUUGUGGUUAGGAAUCAUAACAACUCUGGCUCUCUCUAGGGUUGCGUGCUUGGCUUAUUCGUGCGUUUUUGUUUCUUUUUGUUCCUUUUACUACUUUCAAUCUUGAGGACGAGCUUGAACUGAAGAUGCAUCCAAUUAGUGUCAACAUGAUCCUAGUCAAAGAGGCUGCUCCUAAUGCUAUGGACCUCGCCACUCUUAAUGGUCUCGUUCAAUGCUUUAUGUGUCUGUCCCGUGCCAUCAGCCCUGCCGUAGUUGGCGCCAUCUUUUCAAUAUCAGUAGAAUACAAUCUCCUUGGCGGUUACUUCUGGUCGCUGUUCAUGGUGAUAUGCUGUCUUGUAGGAUGUGUGAUGGGUAAAGGGAUAUCAGUAGGUGCUGACCUGCAAGAGAACCAAAAGCACGAACCCAGCACUCGGAGCAUGUAUGGUGCGUUUGAAUAAACCAUAAGGGUAUUUUAGACCUCUAUAACGGCACUGUACAUAUCGGAGAGGAAUAAAAGGCAAUUUUACG